CAGGCGCCAUGAUUUUCCUAAAGAUGCGGAGAGAAAAUGGACGCUUCCUGCUCGGAUAAACUCGUGUCUGUAGCCGACUGUUGUAAGGUUUUGCGUUGUGUCAUAAUGUCAGCACCACUUGCGCUCCAGUAGAGACAAAAAUGGACACAUUAGAGUUAGAAAAACCUCGCUUUUGAAGCGGAGUAGAGUAAGCUAGGACCUUUUGCUGUAGGAACGGAUAUGGGCUGGAUCUGACCUGGACAGUCCUGGUGAUGGAGGACAGGACUUGGACUACCGAAAUGCACUCCUUUGAUCAAAGUCCUGUUGGCUCUGAAGCUAAAAAAAGACCCACUUCUUCUGAUGGCAGAGACGAACCCAUGAGGAAAAUGCCUGUGACAAAGUUUGGAUCCAGACCUAGAUUUGAGCCUGUGCACUUUGUUAGUGGGGGAAGCAGCGCGGGAACCGGCACAGAUGAGAAGGAGAACGAUAAGGAGCGCAGGAAGAGUGACUGGCAUGGUGCAAGACAGUGGGACUCUCAUCACUCCUUACACAGCGGCCGGACGCAGGGAUUCUCCUCUCUCAGGCCUGCUUUUGACCGAGUGCCACCGUGCUCCAAUGACUUUUGGGGCGCCCCCAGAGAUGGAAAUGGUUCUCCCGGUAGCACUAGUGGACUAGGUUAUGGAGGCCAUGGGCCAUCGUUAAACUACAUGGCGAAAAUGCAGCAGAACUACACAGCCAAGUAUGAAGCCCACACAUCAUCUUAUAGUUUAGACUCUUAUUCAAAGCCCCAGCGGUAUAACGGAUAUGUGGAUGGGAGCAGAACUAACAGCUGGGACUCUGGACGUCAGGGGUUGGGGUAUGGCCAUCAGGGCAGACCUUUUAGUAGAGCUUACAGCCGUCCAAGCACAAGCAGCCCCAAUCAGUCAGAGAGUGCAAAGCCUCUUCAAGUGUCUCACUCCAUGUUGGAGGAAAAGCAAAGGCUGAUCACCAGCGUUGCCAAUGCGUUAUCUGUUGGUUUUAGGAACCCUUUGUUAAUGACAGGAAGUGAUUCCCCGAACUAUAAUUUCAUGUUGAGUCGCAGCAUCCAGGCCUGCAAAACCAACCCUGAGUAUAUAUAUGUCAACCUGAAGGAUAUUCCCCAGGCUGACCUUCCAAAGAACAGGAAAGUGCCAACAGAUGGGUACGCCUGUGAACUGAGAUGUCAGGGGGUGUAUCUUGCGACGGGAUACUCUGGCAGCAAAAACGGAGCGAGGGACCGAGCAUCGGAGCAGGCUGUGAAGCUCCUGCUGAAACCAGUCGAGGUCCGCGUCGUGCAGCGUAAACACAGGCACUCUUUAGUCAGUGACAUGGUCGUCUGCCAGAUGCACGGCCCAACACCAGCAUUUCUACCGGCACUACGAAACCCGGAAGACAAAACGACACCCAGCCCCAAGAGCCACCUGGAGCCCGACCUAAACAAACACUGGACUGAGUUUGUGGUCAUGGACAAUGCUCACGACGCCAUCUGCAUUUUGAACAACUCCAAUGCCUUCAAUCGCAUGAAGAUCGACUACGAGUUUGUUCAGCUGCCCAGCAAUCUAUGGCAGUGCAGCAUCUUCCUGCAGGACGAGCUCAUAGCGAAGGCGACUGGAACCAAAAAGAGCUCGAAACACGCCGCGGCUGAGGAGGCUGUGAGAAAACUACGCCUAAACCAAGCACAACGAGAGCACUGGCAGAAGCAGACGCAGCAUCUGGGUGGAAAUAACCAGCCGGAUCCUGGUGACUGCUUUGGGCAGCAGUCAGACCCCGCUGGUUCUUUUGGGCCGCAGGGGGUCAUUGUCAGGAAGAAGCACCUGAGCGAGCUAGUGAUCUUGGAGAACUCUGAUAAUGCGAUCUGUAUUAUUAAUGACACUGCUCAGUUUAACAAAGUAAGUGCUGAUUACAGAUUCUCGGUUUUGCCAGAUCACCGCUGGAGGUGUGAGGUUUUUCUUGAAGGGCAGUAUGUUGCAGCAGGAAUUGGACCAAAGAAGAUCGUAAAACACAUUGCAGCGCAGGAGGCUUUAGCUACACUAAGGCAGACUCAGGCUGUGGUCAAAUCUAACUUGAGGAAAGAGGGACACAACGAUGCCAUAUCCCGUUCUCAGAUCCUGGCUCGCUCAGGGGAGGAGGCCCUUAAGCAGGAGAUUAAGGAGGACAAUAUUGGAAACCAACUGCUGCGUAAAAUGGGCUGGAAAGGAGGCGGCCUGGGGCGAGACGGGGAGGGAAUUGCUGAACCGAUCAGAGUGAAGGAGCAGUUCUCCAGGGAAGGUUUGGGUAUGGAAAUGGAUAAAAUGGGAAACCAGCUCAGGAAGCGUGACAUUGAAGACAUCAUCCGUAACUAUGCUAGUUCGGACAGAACAGACGACCUCCGUUUCUCUAAUGAACUCACUAACGACGAGCGCAAGCAGAUUCACCAGAUUUCCCAAAAAUACGGCCUCCGGAGCAAGUCCUACGGUCAGGGACGGGACCGGUUUCUGGUUGUCAGUCGGAAGGUACACAAGGAUCAGCUGAUCGGCCAGCUUUUACAGGAAGGACAGGUGGGACGCUACAAGCUCAUCAAGCCUCAGGCAUCUCACUAAACUGCAUGAAAUUAAAAUGUUCUUCAAGUUGGACUUCAAAGCAUAUCAUCCCGAGGCCCGGAUCUGCUCCGGCAGUAACAUGUCCUGGCUUUUGAUGUGUCCAUUUUUAUCUGGCAUUAGAAUCCAUCCUGAGCGUGGAGCUGCUUUCCAUGCAGGAAAACAUGUAGCAACAUUGAGCUCUCAGGUGAAAUGAAAUUUAUACAGUUUGAAUCAAACAUUUGGAGUUCUCUCAUCAUUAAGCGGUAUUGAUGGAGUAUUUAAUCUGUCCUUUUUUGGGUGGAAUGAUCAAUCCUAUAUCCAACAUUAGUGAAUUUACAGCUGAACAGCUCAGAAUUCUACAUAUAGGCUCACGUUUCUACCUACAUCCUCUCUAACUAGUGGUUAUCUUGCUAUGAAAUCACACUUUCUGCAGCCUUCAUUAAACCUUUAACAUUGUUCUACUGGGAUUAUUGACAACGCUUGUAAAACUUGGUCAAGGUCAUUAAAAUCUGCAGCUUUCCUGCCACUGAACAGACCGUUGAGCAUAUUUUAAAUGGGAUGAGCUUUUUACUGACUAUCCAUUCGAAACCAGCUUUGUGUGUUUUGGGUUAUUGUCUAAAACAAACCACACAUUGUGUUCAGGACCUAAACUUUCCACCCUCAAUUAAAUAUUAUUGAUUAGGGAGUUUAGAAAACAACCCCCCCUUUAACUUUAAGCAUCAUGCGAAGAAACUAGAAAUAGAGGAAGCUCCGUUCUUCAACUUUGCUUUAAUAGCUAUGUGCUUUGAUCCUUGACAAUGAUCCCACCAACACUCAGAUCCUAAAGCAGACUAAUGUCAAGUUUCUGGAAUGGGCCUGACCACGGCUUUAUUAAGAAUUUAUAGACUAAGCCUAAAAGCUAGGUCGAUGCCAGGAAACACUCCAAUUUUUCUAAUCAGAGGAUUGAUCAAAUAUCCAGCCGGCAUCAAUGCUGAAAGGUUGCUGAAAGCUGCCAAGUCUGAGAUUCCUCUGCAACUUUAUGAUAGGACCUCAGCCAAGUAUUCAUUUAUUUUUAUUUUUUUUACAUGAGCCUAAAUGUAUGUUUGAACAAAUCACACUAUUAAAAAGUUCAGAAAAACAAAUUAAACUAUUUGUAUUAAGCGUGCAGUCCAACCAAUUUUUACUGAGAGGGAUUCCAGCAGGCAGUUUAUCACUUUUCACUGAAAAUGUUUCUCUGAGAGAAACCAAACGGUUCUGAGCACCAGUGUCCAGAUGUGAAGGGAUCUGCCAGGAAAAAUGUUUAUUAACCUGCCAUUUCUAUUUGUUUGGGACAUAUCUGCAAAAAAGGGUAGUUUGAUAGAAAAUAUGUAUGACUGAAGUUUUGUUUUUUACACAUUCAUGUCAUUAGAAGACUGUAGGAUUUGUAGUCUUUGUCUCCAGUCUUUCUACAUCUGAACUUGUCAGCGCCCUGUGGGAUUUUUUUCUGUUAUUUUAAACUCAAGUAGCUCUUUGGACAUCACUAUUUGACUGUUUAAUGAACCUGGCAGAAAAUGCAGCUUUUCUUUGGAGAAAAUGUAAACAGUUAACUCAUGUAAGCCUGGAUUAAACCUUCCUGUAGUUAAUUCAUAACCGCCUUACCAUGACAAUGCAUCUGUAUUCAGGAAUAUUUGCUUUUAUUUCAGUAACGGAUCAUCGAUGAUCUCAAAAGACUUUAUGGAAACAUCCGUGGUCCUAAUUGUUAAACGGUUGUCUGAGUGCACUUAACAUGUUUGCUUGUUUUCACAGAUGUAACUACUAAAUAAAUGGGGGGGGGGGAGCUGAACUUAGUUCAAAU